AUGACCAUGAUUAAUGAAGUAAAUUUCAUAUUUGUAUUUCUUGGAAAUUUUAACAUUAUUAAGCCUGUAUAUAGGCAACCAAAUAACUGAAGGUGUAUGAAUGGCAAUGCUUUUGUGAUAAUGUGAUUACCAAUCGAGGCUUUUAAUAUCGUGAAAGAAUUAGUUUACAACGUGCUGAAAUUCUAACCUAUCUAUAUUCGAAAAAGUUCAUUUGUGUUCUUGAAUUUUUGAUAAUAGAAAUAACGUAAUGAACGCUUUAACAAAUACAUCAUGCCGGGUGACCAGUAAAAUUAUAAGACGAUUGCAAUCCUCGUCAUCUAUAGCAUCUUCUACAGCAUCUUCUACAGCAUCUUCUACAGUAUCUUCUACAGUAUCUUCUACAGUAUCUUCUACAGCAUCUUCUACAGUUGAUAUUAAAAUACCAGAUAAAAUAGAACGUGGACCGACAGAUAUUUUAAGGGCUCUAGAAAGAACUAUCUCCAGAGAUUACUUUACUCCACAUUAUAAAUAUUUUGAUGAUCCAUAUUUAACGCCUACAUCCAAGCAUGCUCAACGUCAUUAUGCAUUAUCAUUUGAAUCUGGCAGAAAGACAGGAAUGUGGGUUCAUCAAGAACAUGCUGACUUAUUCAAACAGAAUAUUGCUGAUCCCGUUAUAGAGGAAUUUAUGCCACCAGUCAUAUAUACAAAAAAAGAAGAAGUUUCAGAAGAAAUAUUGUUAAAUACAAUAUCAAAAGGUAAAACAGUUGAGGCAUUAGAAAUAUAUAACUUAUUGGAAGAAAAUGUGUCGAUAAAAGCUAAGCAAUAUCUUUUAGAAUUGUUAUGCUUUUCUAAUAGUUCAAAUCUUAAGCAAUUUACCUUUCAAGAAGAACGCUUUUACAUGUUUACUGAAUAUGAAACGAGAAAAUGUAAUUGGAAAGAGGUAGAAGAAGUUGAAAAACUAUUUAAUUUCUUGAUAUCGCAAGAUGCUGAAACAGCUGCUGCUGCGUACAAUACUUUAAUAUGUGGCAAGGCUAAAUAUUUACAGGCACGAGAAGCUUGGUCGCUAUUUGUUCAAUGUAAAGAGAAGAAAAUACCAUUAAAUGUUAGCGCAUAUAAUGCAAUAAUAAGAAUAAUACCAUAUGUGAAAGAAACUUUGAUAGAACCUGAAAAUGAGAUAUUAAAAAUAUUUAAAGACAUGAGUAAUAAUGGCAUACAUCCUAAUUUAGGGACAUUAAAUUCCUCUUUGGAACUAAUUUACACAUUGAAAUCAUAUAAUAUAGCAGCAAAAUUUACAUAUUCUUUAUUGGAUAUAUUUAAAUCAUUAGAAAUAAAACCAUCAUUAAUCUCGUAUUGCCAUAUACUUUAUUUGGAAAAUCAAAAUAGCGAAUCCUUAAUCACAAUUUUAGAGAAUAUGUUAGAUGUAUUAGAAAUGGAGACCAUUGAAUUUCGUGAUAUUAAAGAUAUUAACUUCUUUCCUGUUGCAAUGGAAAUAGCUAAAAAAGAAAAUAACUUGAAAAUAGGAGAUAGACUGCAUGCACUUCUUUUAAAAGAUGACAAUUAUAAAUUUCUUUCUAAUGCUUAUUUUGAGAAUAUCUACUAUCGACACUAUGUUAACUUAAAACUGAAAAUGCUACCGAUAGAAAAGUUCUUUGAGUUUUAUUAUGAAUUAAGUAUGCAUGUUUAUAUACCAGAAAUGAGCAUUAUGGAAAACAUUUUAACAAUUUUACAACUUCAAUCGAAAGAAAUUAUUAUGGAAAAUUUACCAAAACUCAUGUCCCAACUAAAAAUAUAUAAUAUGUUACAAAAUGAACAUUUAAUACAAAUACCUUUAGAUAUAGCUUCUCAUUGUGAUAUUGAAAGUGAAUCUCCACUUCAUGAAGUAUUUGCAACAUUUGCUUUGGAUAUCUGGCAUGAUAAACAGUUAAAACGCUCAAGUAUUAGACAAGUUGUAUGGAAUAUUGGAGUAUUGAAAGAUAUAAUUUUGCUGUUGUUACGUGCCAAUUGGUAUGAUAAAGCAUUAGAAAUAUUAUCUUUUAUAACAUCUUGUGAAGGAUCUGUAAUGGGUAUAUUAAAUGCCGAUCAAAUCAAUCAAUUAUUAGAAAUUUGUAUUUCACAAGGCUAUGCACCAGUUGCUCUUCUUUUGAUCAAAUGUGCAAUGAUAUCUGGUUUAGAAGAGACUCCUUUAAUGGCUAGAAAAAUAUAUAAUGUUAUUCCACUUACUAUGGCUGAGAAAAAGAAUUUAAUCAGUUUAGUGGGAAAUGAUGUAUUUCAAUCGGAACUAUCUGAUCAGUACUAAUUCUAUAAAUACAUAAUGAACAGUAGUCUGUAACCUUUUUAUUGGAUUAUACUGAUCCAUAAAUCUAUUAACUAUUUCAAAAUUUUCUCUUGUAACUAUAGAUAUAUUAGAAUGAAUUCGUUAAAUGAGCAUAUACGUGUCCCGUGAUUUUAUAUUUAUUAAUAAUAAAAAUAUAUAUUGUCUAAUCUC